AUGGAAAAGUCAACCCCCCCACCUCCACCAAAGUUUCUAGAGCAUGAACCAAAAGCCACGGGUACAAACGAUGAAGAGGAGGAGGAGGGAGAACAGUUUGACUUUGACAGUGGAGACGAAAUACCAGAAGCAGACAGGCAAGCCCUUGUGCCACCUCCUCCUGAUCCUGGAAAUAACAUAGAGCUGCAAGAGGCUAACACCACAGGGGCUGAUAGUUUAGAAACCAACGAGAAGCUCCAAACAUCAGAACCUGCUGCAGAAGGCACUCCAGCCAAAGUAAAUCCCUACUCAGUCAUAAAUAUUUCACCAAUCCAAGACAAGGAUCCAUCCUCAUCACCAGAACUGAGUCCUCAAGACGAAUGUGCAAGUCCAAACGUGCCCGGUGGAUAUUCUGUUCCGGUCCCCUGUGGCUAUGCUGUGCCAUCUAAUUUACCUUUGAUACUGCCAGCAUAUUCCAGUCCUGUCAUAAUACGCAGUGUUUCUGUAGAUGAAGAAGGUAUGCAGUCAGCAACUGAAGAAUGCCAUUGUAAUUCUGUAAACUCAGUGGAGCCUCAAAAUAGUGAAGAUAAUCAGGCCAAGAGAGAGGAUGAUGCUCUGGCCAAGUGGGUUGCAGAUCCUGCAAAUACAGCAUGGAUGGAAAAUCCAGAUGAAGUAAUUUAUGAUGAUGUGCCAAGAGAAAAUUCAGACUCUGAACCAGAGGAAAUGAUUUAUGAUGAUGUUGAAAACGGUGAUGAUGGUGGCAACAGCUCGCUGGAAUAUGGGUGGAGUUCAAGUGAGUUUGAAAGCUAUGAAGAACAGAGUGAUUCUGAGUGUAAAAAUGGAAUUCCCAGCUCCUUUUUGCGAGGCAACCACAAGAGACAUCUUUCUCAUGACCUAACGCGUUUAAAGGAGCAUUAUGAAAAAAAGAUGAAAGAUUUGAUGGCAAACACUGUGGGAGCAGUAGAGAUUCAGCAACUAAAGCAAAAACAUGAGCUGAAGAUGCAAAAGCUUAUGAGAGCUGCUAGAGAAGGUACCAAAGAUGGGCUGGAAAAGACAAAAGCAGCUGUGAAAAAGGGUCGUUCUUUCAUUAGAACAAAAUCUUUUAUUUCUCAAGAUCAUAGAUCAUCAUGUCUGGAAGAAGAGGAGCUAAAUUUAUUUAUUGAUGUGGACUGUAUGCAUACAGAAGCAAUUAUGACUCCAAUGCCUGAAGGAUUAUCACAGCAGCAGGUUGUGAGAAGGUAUAUUUUGGGCUCUGUAGUUGACAGUGAGAAGAAUUACGUGGAUGCUCUCAAAAGAAUCCUGGAGCAAUAUGAGAAGCCCCUUUCAGAUAUGGAACCAAAAUUAUUGAGUGAAAGAAAACUCAAAAUGGUCUUUUACCGAAUUAAGGAAAUUCUUCAGUGCCAUUCGAUGUUUCAGAUUGCACUGGCGAGUCGUGUUUCUGAGUGGGACUCUGUUGAAAUGAUCGGUGAUGUCUUUGUUGCUUCAUUUUCUAAAUCUAUGGUAUUGGAUGCAUACAGUGAAUAUGUAAACAACUUCAGUACAGCAGUAGGGAUUCUGAAGAAAACAUGUGCCACCAAACCUGCCUUUUUAGACUUCUUAAAGCAGUGCCAGGAGUCAAGCCCUGAUCGAAUUACACUGUAUGGUUUAAUGAUGAAACCUAUCCAGCGCUUUCCGCAGUUCAUUCUACUAUUGCAGGACAUGUUGAAGAACACUAAUAAAGGACAUCCCGACAGAUUACCUCUACAGAUGGCUCUUACGGAACUCGAAACACUGGCAGAGAAGUUAAAUGAAAGGAAAAGGGAUGCGGAUCAGCGCUGUGAAAUAAAACAAAUAGCAAAAGCAAUGAACGAACGUUAUCUGAACAAGCUACUCAGCAGUGGAAACAGAUACCUCAUACGGACUGAUGAUAUGGUUGAGACAGUUUACAAUGAUAAAGGAGAAAUUCUCAAAACCAAAGAACGACGACUUUUCAUGUUAAAUGAUGUGCUGAUGUGUGCAACAGUAAAUAUUCGCUCAUCCUAUGACAGCAGUGGUGCCGUGACAACUGGCCAGAGGUAUUUAUUGAAGUGGAGCGUACCACUGGGCCAAGUGGAAGUCAUAGAGUAUGGCAGCAGUGAGGGCCAAGGAGAGAACUGCAGGUUUCCACCCCAGCACUCUGCUGAAAAUGUCGUCAUUAACUCUAAGCCAAACAAGCUCUAUAUGGGACCAGGGCAACUGUACCAUGAUCUGCAGAACCUCUUACAUGACUUGAAUGUAGUUGGUCAAAUUAGUCAGUUAAUAGGCAGCCUUAAAGGAAACUAUCAGAACUUAAACCAAUCUGUAGCCCAUGACUGGACUUCAGGUUUACAAAAACUGAUUUUGAAAAAAGAAGAUGAAAUCAGAGCGGCAGAUCGCUGUAGAAUUCAGCUGCAACUCCCAGGAAAACAGGAUAAGUCUGGGCGGCCCACUUUCUUUACAGCUGUGUUCAAUACAUUUACCCCUGCCAUCAAACAGUCCUGGAUCAACAAUUUGCAAAUGGCUAAACUGGCCCUUGCAGAGGAUAACCUGUUAGGUUGGUUCUGUAUAGAAGAUGAUGGGAAUCAAAUCAAAAAGGAAAAACAUCCUCUCCUUGUUAGACACAUGCCAGUGAUGAUGGCCAAGCAACAGGAGUUUAAG